AGCAACAUGUUCAUCAUGAGCCUUGCAGUGGCAGAUCUCACAGUAGGCCUAGUUGUUAUGCCUAUAAGUUCUGCCUAUGUUCUAACGGGAAAAUGGCGUUUUGGACUCGUGGUGUGCCAGUUUUGGCUCUCUGCAGAUUACUCAGCAAGUACUGCGUCAAUAUUAAAUUUAUUGGUGCUCAGUCUGGAUAGAUACUGGUCUAUAUCAAAACCCCUAGAGUAUCUGCGCAGGAGAAGUAAGAAGAGAGCCUUGGUGGUCAUCACGUUCGUUUGGCUUGGGUCCUUCCUUUGGAUUGUUCCCAUAAUUGGAUGGCACAAGUUCUUUGGAGAUGGCAUACGGAAGCAACCACCAGAUGUGUGUGAGACUGAGUUCGUGGAUAAUGUCGUCUUCAAGCUGACUACUUCCAUUAUUAACUUUUAUUGUCCUAUGGUAGCUAUGAUUGCAACUUACGCAAAAAUAUACAUGCAAAUCAGAAAACGGGCUCGAUCGGAGGUGGUCAAUAAUUGCAGUGAUAUUCGUCCAGAUUCGUACUCAAGCUCGGAGCCUCAACCAAUGAGAUAUGCUCUUGCUACUCAUUCAACAAAGAAUAAGAAAGAAAAGAGAAAAAGGAAGAAAGAUAGUUCUCCUUCCCCAGAUACAAUCGGAUGUAGGGAAGAAUUUCCCGAACAAUUACCUACAUCAUGUGAGGGAUCCUGUGAUGGUUAUGUCGCGGUAAGUCUACAAACGAACGCUACUAGAUGGCGCUGUAACGUGUGUGGAGCGAAGCAAAAUAGUACGGAAGAAUGGACAUGGCCACGUGUUCAACUUGAUGAAACAGCAAAGGUAAACCAAAAAAGCCAUUCAGAUGAAGAAAUUUCAACUGAAUCAAAUUCAGCAGAUAGUUCCAACAAAAAGAAAAAGAUUCGACUGUCUCGGAAGAGUAAAAGUCCUGGAUUAUCUUCACCUUCUCAAAACUCUACCACACCUCCAAUAGAAAACUGCCAUUUGAGGGUACCACAGUUAUCGGACCUUCCCCCACCAAGCAGAAGUUGCAGCUUCCGAAUGUUUUGCAACUCAGCAACACGUGGCAUUCUGAAGCGACCAUCCUGUCGCAGAAGUCUCGUGGGCUUGAAACAAGAAACAAAAGCAGCCAGGCAGCUGGGAGUAAUAAUAGGUGCAUUCGUCUUGUGCUGGCUGCCUUACAUGGUGUUAUUUGUAGUCACAGCUGCUUGUGAACGGUGUUUGGGACCUGGAAUCCACACAGCAGCUAUUUGGCUUGGCUACUUAAACUCAACAGUGAAUCCAGUGAUAUACGCGUUGUGCAAUGCAAACUUCAGAAGGGCCUUCUGGAAAAUAGGUGCAGGAUUUUCUGCCGGAUGGAAAAGAAAAUGUCGUCGAAGAGACGAUCUCUUCUCUGAAAACAAUCCCUUCGCAUGA